UCAGCUGUGUUACACUAUGAGGACUUGGCUUGUAGCAACACUGGUUGUCUGUGGAUUGCCAACUAUCCUUGGAUACUAUGCCAGAAGUUGGGAGAUCAGGAAAUAUAAUUUCUUGAAAAAGAAAUUUGAUGUUAUUAGUGUCGAUGCCUUAAAUUUACUUAAAGGUCUAAGCCUCAAGGGUGAACCUGGAGAUGCCGGACAGAAAGGAGUAAAGGGAAACCAAGGAACUGUAGGCGACACCGGGGCCCAAGGCAGUGCUGGAGCUAACGGCGAUAAAGGAAAUAAAGGAGACCAGGGCGAUACAGGGAUUAAAGGAAACACGGGGGACACAGGAACAGUCGGAAGUAAAGGUCAAAAGGGCGACACAGGACAGGCUGGAGGCACCGGAGCAGCAGGUGACCCGGGUAAUAUAGGUCAAAAAGGGGAGUCCGCGAACAAAGGAGCUAAAGGCGAACCUGGAAGUAAAGGAGAACAGGGAACAACAGGAGGACAGGGAGCUCAAGGACCUAACGGGAGCAAGGGGGAUGCUGGAGCACUUAAAGGACAGAAGGGAGAGAAGGGGACAAAAGGCGAUCAAAACGCUAAAGGAAUGAUGGGCGACAUCGGAGAGAAAGGACUGAAGGGGGAACAAGGCGCUUAG